GAAUUGCACCAACACCAACAACGUCAACACAAGUUUGUUUUUAGAUAAAAAAUAAAAGAAAGUUAUUUUGUAACAUUGAAAACGUAGAAAGUGCAUUGAUUUAACGAGAUGACGAGUACGUCGUCUUAUAAUAAUGAUAAAGUGGUGACCGGCGAGGUGGAGUACCCCGCCACUGAUCCAGCAUCGGGGGCAUUCUUUCAACCGGAUUACAAGAAAAAUGGUGACUUAAAGUUGAUGUUAGACGGAUCUAAAGAUUCAUUGAAACUGGAAGCUAUGAAAAGGAUAAUUGGCAUGAUAGCCAAAGGAAGAGAUGCUUCAGACUUGUUUCCAGCAGUAGUUAAAAAUGUUGUAUCAAAAAACAUAGAAGUGAAGAAGCUUGUGUAUGUAUACCUUGUACGGUAUGCUGAGGAGCAGCAGGACUUGGCUUUACUAUCUAUCAGUACUUUCCAGAGAGCAUUAAAGGAUCCAAACCAGCUGAUUCGGGCUAGUGCAUUACGCGUUCUAUCAUCGAUUCGCGUGACGAUGAUAGUGCCUAUUGUAAUGUUGGCGAUACGGGACUCUGCGAGCGAUAUGAGUCCGUACGUCAGAAAGACCGCUGCGCACGCCAUACCCAAGCUUUAUAGCCUAGAUCCCGAACAGAAGGAAGAACUGGUGGCCAUUAUAGACAAGCUGCUGUCGGACAAAGCACCACUCGUGGUGGGUUCCGCAGCGAUGGCCUUCUCCGAGGUGUGCCCGGAUAGGAUGAGUCUCAUUCACAAGAGCUACAGGAAGCUAUGUUCGCUGUUAGCGGACGUGGAUGAAUGGGGUCAGCUGGCGCUACUCAACGUACUCACUGUUUAUGCCAAAACCUGUUUUCCGGAUCCCAAUAGUGAGAAAUACUCCAGCGACAGCGACUCCGACAAGCCGUUCUACGACACGGACAGCUCCGGGCGCUCCCGACCCCGCGGGUCAAGCUCGCCGGCAUUGGACCCCGACCACAGGCUGUUGUUACGUGCCGCCCGGCCCCUAUUGCAGUCGCGCAACGCCGGCGUCGUGCUCGGCGUCGCGCAGCUGUACUGCCACGCGGGACCAGUUCAAGAGUUGCCCCCAGUGGGAAAAGCGAUGAUUCGUCUGCUCAGAGCGCCCGCUGAAGUGCAAAGCGUCGUGCUCAACGCCAUCGCUUCACUCACUGUCUCCAAACCGUCGUUAUUCGAGCCGUUCCUCAAAUCGUUCUUUGUGCGCACAUCCGACCCUACUCACAUCAAACUCCUCAAGUUGGAGAUACUCACGAACUUAGCCACGGAAGCCAGCGCUCCAGUGGUUCUGCGCGAAUUUCAGACCUAUGUCACUUCUAGUGACAAGGCAUUCGCUACAGCCACUAUACAGGCUAUAGGGAGACUCGCUGUCGCCAUACAUUCCGAGACUGAGACCUGCCUGAAUGGACUACUGCAUCUGCUAUCCAGCAAAGAUGAGUGGCUGGUUUGCGAAGCGGUGGUGGUAGUGAAGCGAGUGGUGGGGGGAGGGGCCGCAUCAGCCAGAGCUGCCGUUGCCCGUGCUGCUAAAUUGCUUCGUGCUGACAGGUUGGCCGCUAACGCCCGCGCUGCAGCGGUUUGGCUGGUGGCAGAACACGGUGCGGAACACGCCCGCGCCGCCGCCAUAUUGGCGCAUAUGGCUGCCAACUUCGCUGACCAGGAUGAGCUCGUAAAGCUACAGCUCCUGUCUUUAGCCGUGAAGUUAUCCAUCACCCAGCCGGACACUUUACCAGUAUGCCAGUACAUAAUAUCGCUGGCGCGGUACGACGCGAGUUAUGACGUCAGAGAUCGCGCGCGGAUGCUGCGGCGUUUCAUAGAGCCGCAGCCGGGGAAGCAGCUGCCGCAGUACGCCGCUCAGAUAUUUAGGCCGGACAAGCCUAAGCCCACUGUGGAGAGUAGUUUUAAAGAUCGGGGUCAGUUCGCGCUAGGCUCCCUGUCACAGUACGUAGGCACCGCAGCGGCGGGGUACCGUCCCCUCCCCGCGCCCCCCGCCGCGCCCCUCGGCGCCGCCGCCCGCCAGCCCGCCGCGCCCGCACCGACUGAACCCGCGCCCGCACCCACACCCGCGCGCAAAGACAAGAGCUUCUACUCAGAACCGGAGUCGAGUGGCUCAGGAUCUUCUUCGUCGUCGGGAUCCAGCUCCAGCAGCGAAGAGGAAUCUUCAGAAGAAGAAGAAAGCACAAACGAAGAGAAGAAGUCUGAGCAGCCGACGAAGCGACCCAACAACUUCAACCGUUCGUCGAACUCGGGCACUUCGGACAGCGAGUCGGACAGUGACUCGUCUGAUUCGGACUCCGAAUCGGACGGAAGCGACCAGAACUCGAGUGAUGAAGAGACUCCGAAGAAGAACGACCGCAGGAACGAUAGAAAGAUUAACGAAAAAAAGGCAUCAGAACGCCCUCCAGAACCACCUCAAAAGAACAACAACGACAAAUCGAACCUGGAACUAUUGCUAGAACUGGACGAUGCUGCCGGCACGCUGCCCACUAUGACGCCCACGUGUGGGGGCUUCCUGUCGCCCACGCCCAUGGGCCAGGCAGAUGUUCAUUUUAUAGGAGGUGACAGCAUCACGCCCGUAGGACCAUCUCUAGUGUCAGAAAUCUGGAUGGAACUAGUAUCGCGGGCAAUAUGGGGUGGAGUAGGUGCAAAAUAUAUGUGGCCCCGGGCCCCACAUCUUUAUUCCCGGACCAUGGCCACCCUGCAGAUACAGUUCCAUAACUACGGACCCCAGGACGUCACCAAUAUCAGGGUCCACAAGAAGACGCUAACGGGAUCGCGCGCUAUACACGACUUCGCGCCGGUGACACUAGUGCCGCCCGGCGGCUCCGCUUCCGUAGUGCUGGGCGUGGACUUCGCUGACACCAUACAACCCAUAGAGUUCACCAUGGCCUGCUCAGUGGGUGAAGCAUCGGUGUCGAUAACCCCUCCAGUAGGCGAGUUGAUGAGAGCAGUCACUAUGUCGGCACAGCGCUGGGACAGCGAACACAAGAAGCUACGCGGUAUGAACGAGUGCUCUAAAAAAGCUGUGAAAUUGGAGGACGAAACAACGAUCUGCAAAAGAGUUUAUGAAACUGCGAAUCUAGCAUCUGUCUCCGCAUCUGAUGAUCUACUGAGAUUCUCAGGCCGAAUGCUGACGUCACAGGACCUCGUAUUGUUAUCAGUAAGACAGGAAUCAGACGCGUCUCUAGUUACGGCAAAUUGUUCCAAUAUGGCGGUCGCCUCGCUACUGGCCAAUCAAAUCGCGCAAACGUUCGCCAAAUCCUGAGAUUUGAACCAUAUAUACAAGUAGUAAAGUCGAAAAUGAACAAAAUCUUUUUUUAUGGACUGUUAAUAUCAAACUGUAAGUCAUUAGUGAAAGUCUUUUCUGAAUGAUCUUUAUUUCUUUAUCUGUAAUCCGUCAUCUUUGUGAAAAUAACAUUAUCACCAAAUAAUAAAGACAAAAAUGGGGAAAGAAAUCAUCAAACAUUAGUCAACGAAUUUAUGUUUGAAGGAAUUAAGUCGAAAAUGCAUGAAACUGUUGAAUUGAAAUUUGAAUCCCUAAAUACAUUGUAAUUUAUCCCCAAAUAACAUCAAUUUUUAGGACAUCAGGUCGAAAAUAAGAUAAAUCCUGAGGCGUAUCCCACUGUAGCAAAAUAAUUUUCUUACGAAAACUACUAACUUGUUGUGGAAAUCAGUGUAUAUCAGUUUUACGUUCACUAAAGAUAUAUUAUUAUAUAGAAUCAUGUAGGUAAAUGUUUUAUUAUAAAUUCUGCUCAAUAUUUACUCUCCGAGUAAAUAAAAAAUCACCUUAAAGCCUUCUCAUUUCCUAGUGAUCAUAAGUAAUAGGGCGAGAAAAAUCACUAAUCUAUUACUGAAGACUGUUGUUACUUACGGUUGUACUCAUUAUUUUAAUUUUAUAUCAUCAUUUAAAAUGACAGCAAUAACUUGAAAUGUAUAAUGACUUGUUUGAGUAUGGCCGUUAGUGAAUAAUAAAAACGUACGGUUAUGAAAUUGUAUCUUAAAGUUAUGUUACUGUAUUUAAUUACUUAUUAUUGUUAAAAAUAAAUAUACAAUAGUGUCGAUUCUGGCGUGAUUCUCUAAACUUAAAACUAAAGGACACCCGGCAUUUUGUGCCAAAGUUGUAUACUUUUUUAAUUUUUUUAUCAGCAGCUAGCUGUCAAUGUCAAAUACGUAGGUUUGUCAUCAAAAGGGUUUCUAUAUAAAAAAUAUUAAUCAUUAAAUAACUUCUUUCCACGAUUCACUAAAAAUAAGGCAAAAGUAGUUUUAUGUAGCAAAUAAUUUUGGCUUUAUUUUGAGACCAAAUUCAACUGUAUACAAGUUUAGCAUUUUUUCUAUGAAAAGUGCCGGGUCUCCUUUAACAUUAAUCUCUCCUUUUCAUUCCGUUUAGAGGAUGACAAGGAUACACUGUUGUCAAAUUUAAGUUUAGGUUUAGAGAAUCGUGUCAGAAUUGACACCAAUAUAUAGAUAUGUGUAAACACUAUAUUUUGUUUUAUUACCUUCCCAAAGCAGCGUUUGCAAACACUAUAAACAAUUGCAAAACUUUGUCAUAAAACUAUUCAUUUGCGAGUUGAAUUCCUGCAGGCAAAUGCUAAAAAUCAGCUUUUUGUUUGUUAUUGUAAACAGAUCUGCCUACACGCUUGGAUAACUAUCAAACUAAUAUUAAGGCGAAAGUUUGUG